UCACACUAGAAGACUAAGAAAAAUUCGCAACAGAGCGGCUCGCAGCUUAAUUUAUUGUUUAAAUCGUGAUUAAAAGCACUAUGUUUGCACUCUAAACGACGAAGGGAAAGCAGAAUAAUGAGUGUCAGCAUCGUGCAGUACUAUGGCAACCAGCAGAGCAAAUGCGGCUACUGCGCGGGAGCAAACUGCAGCCUGUCGCACGGUAUGCACGCCUAUCGGCUGGACUGCCAGGACUAUCAGAACCUCAUCGAUCGCGGCUGGAGGCGGUGCGGCAACUACUGCUACAAGCUGCGCAACCAGGAGACGUGCUGCCCCUGCUACACGAUCAAGUGCGAUGCCUUGGAGUUCAAGCUGUCCAAGUCGAACAAGCGCAUUCUGCGGCGCAUGAAUCGAUUUUUGCGCGACGGCAAGCGGGAGUCCAAGCCAGAAGCGGGCGAGGGCGACGGGGAAGCCGAUGCCGAUGACGCGACAGGCGCUCCCGAGGUCACUGCCAGCGAGCCGCAGCCGCAGCUGCCCGAUAAGAGUCCCGCUGUUAUCAAUGUGGAGCACGUUGCGUCACUGGCACGGGCUCAAAAGAAGCCGACCAAACAGCCGCCGGCUCCAGCAGCCGAAGCUCCUACGCUAGGCUCCAACAAAUCUGCAGCACCGAUCUCUAACAAGCCCUGCAAGAAGGCCAAGCAAAUGCGAUUGGAGCGCCGGCAAGCCAAGUUGGGGGACUCUGCAUCGACUUCAACAAAAUCCCUUUCCCAGGAAAAGAGCCUUCGGGACUUCUUAUCGAUCGACAACGAGACCAACAAGCAUAAGCUAAAGAUCGUUAUGGUCGAUUCCUCAGACACACAGCGCACUUGUGCCGAUGCAGUGAUCGAGUUGUAUCGCAAAUAUCAAAUAACCAUUCACAAUGAUAACCCCGCACGCCUCACCCUAGCUAGUAUGCAGCGGUUCUUGGUCAAAUCACCUCUUAAGAAUGAGAAACCCAGCGAUGGCCCCGAAAUUGGCUAUGGAUCGUUUCAUCAGCAGUAUUGGCUGGACGACAAGCUGAUUGCUGUGGGUGUGAUUGACAUUCUGCCCGCGUGUGUGAGCUCUGUUUACUUCUUCUACGAUCCGGACUACAGCUUUCUAUCGCUGGGCACAUAUGGCUCACUUAGGGAAAUUGACUUUGUGCAGUCGCUCGCCGAAAAUGUGCCUGCCUUAAAGUAUUACUACAUGGGUUUCUACAUACACUCAUGCCCGAAAAUGCGCUACAAGGGCAAGUUGUCCGCCUCAUACUUGCUAUGCCCAGAGACUUAUGAAUGGCUACCGCUUACCGAUGCCAUUCGUGCUAAGCUAGACGAGCAUAAGUACCAACGCUUAAACCCAGACGCUUCUGCCAGGGACGUGAAUGAGUUUUUAAUAGAGCAUUUAGACGAAGUUAUGCUGCUGCUGGAUGCCCAAACCUGCGCCAAUUACAAGCAGUACAAUCAGCUUGGCGGCGAAGAGAGCGAUGCCGACGCGAUUAUUGAGUACAGCAAGCUGGUUGGCAAAAUCUGUGCCCACCGUAUGCUGUAUGUGAAUAUGUUGUGAACAAUUUAAACAAAAGGAAAUUAAUUUGUUAGCCUGUGCGCUUGUAAUCUUAGUCAAGUAGAGAUUGUAACAGAAA